AUGCUUCUCAUAAACCCAGAACCCCGCAAUUCCGUUGACGAAGUACUACAGCAUCCGUGCGUUAACGUGUGGUUCGAUGAGGUGGAAAUCAAUGCAGGCAUUGGAGCGUUGCAGCAGCGUGCUUUCUGGACCUUCAUCGACUUCGCACACGCCGUCAAAGAAGAGCAGUUCGAAAGAUGUCGAUCGCCAGGCGGCACCAGCAGUGUGCGUGAAAUAGGCUCAGAGAGGCGGUGCGGGGCGUUUUUCGACGAAAGUCUGAAAGUGAGUGCGAGUGAGCAGCAACUCGUCGUGUUCACCACCACCACCACCGUUGUGUCCACAAGAAAAUACAAACUCUGUCUAGAGGCCGAACAUGCCGCAGAUCUGGGGCGUCAGAGUGGAUAG